AUGGCGCCACAUUUGAGCAACGAUGAGUUCUUCUCAUCUCUCACCGGUCUUCUCUCCAAGACAUCUCAGAAAUCCCAGGGAUCCGUAUUUCUUUCUCAGAAGCCUCUCAUCGAUUCAGUCUCCAGCGCCCCUCCGUCCAUUCUUAUACGUGCCACCGACGGCAACACCGGUGCUCCGAAUCCCAAGAAGGAUGGCAAGAUUACCAAGAGCAAGUCAUCAAAGGCUACGAAAGUGAAAUUUUCCACUGUUGUGAAUGCGGAUGAGCUUGAAGCAUUCUACACACGCUAUGCGGACAUCUGCAAAGCCGGUAUGACAGGAUUGAAGAAGCGUGAUCGCAGCAAGCGCAAGGCGAAGGGCAAGGGCGGGGCUGCGAAGGCCACGAAGGCUUAG